AUGGGGUCAAUGCCUACAGAUGCAGAUACGCUGCGCUACGAAGCACCGGAUGAGUUCACACGCGAGAUCGACGAACAUAUAAAGAACUGCAAACUGGCACAAUUCUGCCGCACGAGGCCGGACUAUACCGAAUCGCGACCUCAUCUGAAAAUACCGCAGGAAGUGCGACAGCACAAUUUGACAGCAGGGACUUUAAUGGGUCCUGAUAUGAUUGUGGUACCGCCAUACUGCUUCAAUGAAAAAGAUGGAAAAUCCAUGGUAUGCAUAUUCUAUGUGGGUACUCAUCUAAGUGGUCAUCCUGGUAUUGUGCAUGGAGGUUUCCUGGCGACUAUGUUGGACGAGGGACUAGCACGCUGCACAUUUCCCGCUCUACCUAACAAGGUUGGAGUCACCGCACAACUUAAUAUAGCUUACAAGAAGCCAACCAUGGCUGGGCAAUUUCUGGUUCUGGUAGCAAACACCACCAAAGUCGAGGGUCGAAAGGCUUGGGCUACUGGUGGAAUUUGGCCUCUAGAAGAGAUUGAGCUCGAUGCGACGAAUCCCGCCGAGCCAAAGAUACUCAAUACAUCUCAACCUUUAGUCUCAGCAGAAGCUUUGUUUAUUGAACCAAAGCAUGCCAAUAUUCUCAAGAGCUUGUACCGACAAGCUACAUAA